CCGCGCAUCGGACCAUGUUCAUGUUUGGAAUUUGAUCUCUCUCUCUCUCUCUCUCUCUAAGUUUUAACAACUAAAGGGUUUUACUUUCUUUAUUUACAAUUGUUCAGGCACCAUGGUUGUGAGAGGAGGGCUUUUAUUUCUUCUUGUAUUGGGUAUCAGCUGGGUCUAUGUUGAUGCCAGGGUCCUGGAGAUCUCUGAUAUUUCACAGAGGGAGAUGGUCGUCCCUGAUGUAUAUGUCAGGCAAAUACACUUAAAGGAGCUCAAAAACAAGCUUCAAGCUUUUGAUUUGAUUCCAAGGAAUGAAAGAGUGUGUGAUUUGUGUGAACAGUUCACUGCACAGGCAUUAUACUACCUUGGUGAAAAUAAGACCCAAUCUGAGGUCAUAGACAUGCUUCAUGUUGCCUGUUCUAGUUUGCACUCUUUCAAACAGCAGUGUAUCACACUGGUAGACUAUUAUGGCCCUCUGUUCUUCUUAGAGAUUUCUGAGAUACAACCUGGAGAGUUCUGCAAGAAAGUGAACCUCUGUAACAAGAUGUUAAGUACUCCGAAACAGCAUCAAAAUAGUUGUUCACUGUGCCAUCGUUUUGUGGCAGAAAUUUUGGUUAAGUUGAAAGAUCCUGGUACUCAGUUAGACAUAAUUGAGAUAUUUCUAAAGGGAUGUGAUGCGGUGGAGGGCUAUUUAAAGGAGUGCAAGAAGCUGGUUUUUGAGUAUGCUCCUUUGAUCCUGGACAAUGCACAGCAUAUUCUAGAGACAACGGAUAUAUGUACUAAAUUCCACGCCUGUCAACCCUCUGUGAUUGAGCCAGGAGACAUCUUCUAUCAACAACACACCCUUAUUAUCUGAAUCUUGAAGUUGACAGCAGGUCCACACAACGGGAAGAUUUUCAGUUCUUGGGGAGUAGAAUUUAUGGGCUUCACUUAUUGUUCAUAGUAGCAUUGUUCUUCCGUGUUAAAAAACAACUGCUAGUUUGUUGUGAGGUAUUGCUAUUAUUGGAAAACUUAUUUGCUUGUAUCACCAUCAUUAGAACGGGAUAAAAUGUCCUUCCAGAUCCUUAAAUGUGUGAGUUCACUUGUUGGUCUGACCUCAGAUUUAUUAAUCACAAUGCCAUCUGGUUCUAUCAA